AGAUUCCAAUUUUAGCGAAGCAGGAGAUCUUCCAUCGAAGUUCAUGUCCACAGCAGCUGGACUUCCAGCCACUCAAGCAACCAAGUGUACCGUAAUAAGCGAGGAACGCAUUGCUUCUCCUUGAUCGCCCUGCUGUUUUUUCGUCGCUCCUGCUCGCACUUUUGAUCAGCUUGAGAGAGCGCUUUUCGGCGCUGUGCAUAUUGCUCUGUCACAUUCCUCCACGAUGACGCCAGCCAUUGCUGCCGAUGAGGCUGGAGCAAAGCCGCAGGAGGUUGAGGCGGUGGUUUCCAAUAUCAAGAACCAUGCUGAAUUCACCCCAUACUCUGCACCACUGAAAUUUGAGCCCAAGGCUGCAUACACGGCCACUGCUGAGAGCGUGCGGGACUCCCUAAUCAGGCAAUGGAACUUGACGCAUCAGGAGUUGGCGCGCAAGGAUCCCAAGCAGGCCUACUACAUCAGCAUGGAGUUCCUGCAGGGUCGCGCUUUGCUCAAUGCACUUGGAAACUUGGACAUCACUAACGCAUAUGCGCAAGCGCUGAAGCAGCUUGGUUAUGAUCUGGAGACCAUUGCUGAUCAGGAACCGGAUGCUGCUCUUGGCAAUGGAGGUUUGGGACGCCUGGCUUCCUGCUUCUUGGACUCGCUUGCCACCCUCAAUCUGCCAGCAGGGGGAUACGGGCUCAGGUACAAGCACGGCCUCUUCCGGCAGAGCAUUGACAAGGCAGGGCAGCAUGAGGAGCCUGAGAAUUGGCUGGAGAUGGGCCACCCCUGGGAGGUGCAACGGCACGGCAUUGUGUACCCUAUCCAAUUCUUUGGUGAGGUUCAAGUAGGAGAGAAUGGCAAGCGGCGCUGGGUUGGGGGGGAGAAGGUUCUCGCUCAGGCAUACGACGUUCCUAUCCCGGGUUACAAGACAAAGAACACGAUCAGCCUGCGGCUUUGGAGCGCUGCGGUGCCUGCGGAGUACUUCCAGCUGGAGAAGUUCAACAACGGGGAGUACGAGGAGGCGACCAAGGCGUGGGCCACCGCAGAGCAGAUCUGCGCCGUGUUGUAUCCUGGGGACGGGACCGAGGCUGGGAAGCUCCUGCGGCUGAAGCAGCAGUACAUGCUGUGCAGCGCGUCAGUCCAGGACAUUGUGGAGACGUUCCUGGACCGCCGCCCGGAGGGAUCCCCCGUGAACUGGUCGGAGUUCCCCGAGAAGGUGGCCAUCCAGAUGAACGACACGCACCCCACGCUCGCUGCGCCCGAGCUGAUGCGCCUCCUGCUCGACCGCGAAGGCCUCGGCUGGGACGAGGCCUGGGGCAUCGUCACCAAGACCGUCAACUACACCAAUCACACGGUGCUCCCCGAGGCUCUGGAGAAGUGGCCGUUGGCCGUAUUCUCCAAGCUCCUGCCCAGGCACCUCGAGAUCAUUGCAGAGAUCGACAAGCGGUUCAUCGCCAGCCUGCGCGAGCAGCACAAGUCCGCCUCCAAGGAGGAGCUGGCCGACCUGAUCAGCCGGCUGCGUAUCCUGGGUGGAGUCCUCUCUGAUGACGAGAAGGAGCUGGGGGCCACACAGAACGGGGGGGAGCCGCCCAAGCAGGUGGUCCGCAUGGCCAACCUGUGCGUCAUCGCGGCCCAGGUGGUGAACGGCGUCGCGCAGAUCCACUCCGACAUCGUGAAGAACGAGACGUUCAACGACUUCUACAAGAUGUGGCCGCAUAAAUUCCAGAACAAGACCAACGGCGUGACGCCGCGCCGGUGGCUCAAGUUUGCCAACCCGAAGCUGAGCGCGGUGAUCAGCAAGUGGCUCGGGAGCGACGAGUGGGUUACGGACACGACCAAGCUGACUGGGCUGCGGAAGUUUGCGGACGACAAGAAGCUGCACGAGGAGUGGGUGUCCGCGAAGAAGGCCGCCAAGGAGGUCCUCGCGGGCUACAUCAAGGACAAGAUCGGCGUCACCGUGAACCCCAGCGCGCUCUUCGACAUUCAGAUCAAGCGCAUCCACGAGUACAAGCGGCAGCUGCUCAACAUCCUGGGCGUCAUCUACCGGUACAAGCAGCUCAAGGCCAUGUCCCCCGAGGAGCGCGCCAAGGUCGUGCCGCGUGUCGUCAUGUUCGGCGGCAAGGCGUUUGCCACGUACACGCAGGCCAAGCGCAUCGUGAAGCUGGUUACCGACGUUGGUUCCGUGGUUAACAACGACGCGAAGAUUGGGGACCUGCUCAAGGUGGUGUUCCUGACCAACUACAACGUGACGGUCGCCGAGACGGCCAUCCCUGCAAGCGAGCUCUCACAGCACAUCAGCACGGCGGGCAUGGAGGCCAGCGGGACGAGCAACAUGAAGUUCGCGCUCAACGGUUGCCUCAUCAUCGGCACGCUCGACGGCGCCAACGUGGAGAUCCGGGAACAGGUCGGCGAGGAGAACUUCUUCCUAUUUGGGAUCACGGCAGACGAGGUGCCAAUUGCAAGGAAGGAGCGAGAGGAGGGCAAGUUUCUGCCCGACCCGCGUUUCGUGGAGGCGUGCGACUUCGUCCGCAGCAAGGCCUUCGGCGACUACGACUACCAGCCCCUGCUCGACUCGCUGGAGGGCAACAGCGGCUUUGGGCGGGGCGACUAUUUCCUGGUCGGCCGGGACUUCGCGACCUAUCUGGAGGCCCAGAAGAAGGUGGACGAGGCGUACCUUGACCAGGACCGGUGGGCCCGGAUGUCCAUCAUGAGCACGGCGGGCAGCGGCGUCUUCUCCUCCGACCGCACGAUCAAGCAGUACGCCGAGGAGAUCUGGAACAUCAAGCCGCUGAAGGUGGAGUAGAGCGACGGAGGCUGAGAAAGCUUGUGGGUCACUCUGGGCUUUCGGAUGUUCGUUCUGUACUUUGGCAUCGCACUUCUUAGUAUGUCACGCAAGCAAGUUGAGCAAUUUGCAGGAACACGAGACUCGUGUUGACAGGCGUUGGCGAGCAGCAGGUGUUUCAUGAGAUGGACGAUUCCGGCGAGGCAAAUAGCGAAGCACAGACGACAAUUUAGCAAACCAAUUUCUUGAUGCAGACCCGAGCAACUUUUAUCAACAUGCAUUUAGUUUUGGCAAAUGCUGGCGACGGUGCGUUGCUACCAAGAUUUAGAAUGAUAUCACGUUUUGUCUAUCUGAGUGCAUCUGGUGAGAGGGGUUUGCAGUCCCGAGCCUUCCGACUGCAAAAGUAACCGCCUUAUACGAAAGCUACUGUCAACUUUUGAUAAAGUUGAAAGCCUGCGCGAUGCAGCAAGCUAAUAACAAAUAGUACACCUGGC